AUGAGUAAAAGCAUCCUCUUUCUAGUUGUAUUUUGUGUCAUAUGCGGUCCUGCAGCCUUCGCGGUAAGGACUGGAGUUGAUGACAAGAAUGAUCCGUUGACGGAGUUCUUUAACAGGGAGGAGAGCAUAAAAUUUGCAGGGUAUGGGGAAGACAAGCUCUCGACAGUGCUGGUCACCGGGACUUUGCUCUGCCACCCUCUUUAUCAACUUCCAUUUCCUGUUUCAGGUGCAUCUGUUGCUGUGUCUUGUCGAUCAGGACGGAAGAAAAAGCAGUCAUAUGAAAUACAAAGCACAACAAAUGAAAAUGGGGAUUUUCUAUUUGAUCUUCCUUCCCACCUCCAUGGAAUUCCAAAUUUAGAAAAGAUUUGCUGUGUUAGUGUUCAUCAGCUGCCCAAGGGUUCUCCCUGCAAGCCGGCAUUAGCAAGUAAACACAAAAGAAUUAAAUUAUCGUCCAUUGGGGAAGGUCUUCGUACUUACACAGCUGGCACAAUCCAAGUAAGACCUAAAAAUGCAGAGAUUUCAAGACAUGCAGGUGGACCGAAAACAGACAAGGUGAAGGCCAAAAUACAAUUAAGACCUAAAAAUGCAGAGAUUUCAAGACAUGCAGGUGGACCGGAAACAGACAAGGUGAAGGCCAACUGAAAAGCAUUCAAGAACACUGGAAUAUGGCAGCAAACUCAUCUGAAUGGCGCUAAAGUCGUGUGAAGGAUUGAUAGAUUCAUAUAUUUAUAUAGACUACAGUGAAACCGUAAGCACAUCCUAUGCAUUUAAAGAGAGUGAGAGAGAGCAACUAUAUGUACAUUACAAAUUUUCCAUAUAUGUUUGGUGUGCAGACUCCUUUAAAUCGAGUCACUUUCUCAGCAAUCAUUCAUCUUCACAAA